UACCGCCUUCGCUCUCCGCGGGGUCAGGCUGGGAGCGCGGCUUUCCCUGCGGACCUGCUGGGGGCUUGUCCCGGGAUAAGGGGCAGGGGCCGCCGAGCGACCGGCUGGGUCUCUCGGGACAAAUGCAGCAGCCGGAGGGGCUGCAGAGCUCACCUACGCCGCGGUGCAUCUAAGGCAGACGGUGCCUGGUCCCGUGCAGCCCCGGGGGAUGCUUCCCCUUCCCGGCCCGGCCCCAUAUCCACACCUGCGACCUGUUUCUCACGAACUGCUGAAAACAAAGCGAGGGAUUGGGGCUUGUCGUGGUGCUCUAGUCACAGCGAUCAGCCCGAUGCGCAUGGUUGGGGUUUAUACUGCUUCUCUGGGCUCUCUUGGGCUAAUGAGAUUUUUUGGUGUGCCCUGGUCAUGGAGUCUGGCAGCUACACUGGGCAUUUACAUUGGCAGUGGAGGGUGGAGGUUUCUUCGUAUCAUCUUUAAGACUGCUCUGAGAGAUCUCUUUGGCCUCUCAGUGCUGUUACGAGUCAAAUAUGAGUUGCGAAAGCAUCAACGAGCCAAAACUACUGUUCCAAAGAUCUUCCAGGAUGUUGUCCGCAGGCACCCUGACAAAGUGGCACUGGUCUAUGAAGCCACUGAUGAGAAAUGGACUUUCAAGCGGCUGGAUGAAUAUUCCAACGCAGUCGCUAACUUCUUCUACCAGCAGGGAUACCAGCUGGGUGAUGUGAUUGCCAUCUUCAUGGAGAGCCGUCCUGAGUAUGUGGGCCUCUGGCUGGGGAUGGCAAAAGUUGGCAUUGAGGCAGCCCUUAUCAACUUCAAUUUGCGUCUUGAUUCUCUGGUUUACUGUGUGACAACCUCAGGUGCAAAAGCUGUGAUCUUUGGAGGAGAGCUGUCUGCAGCAAUAUCUGAAGUGAAUGGGAUGCUGGGCAAGAACAUGACAAAGUUCUGCUCUGGAGACUUUAACCCGGACUCUGUCCCCAUGGAGACGAAACAUCUUGAUCCUCUUCUGAGUGCCACAUCAAAAUCUCCUCCGCAUCAAAUCCCAGCCAAAGGUUUAGAUGAUAGACUCUUCUAUAUCUACACCUCUGGCACAACUGGGAUGCCGAAAGCUGCCAUCGUAGUUCAUAGUAGGUACUAUCGUAUAGCUGCCUUUGGGUACUACGCCUACAGAAUGCAUCCUGAGGACAUCAUGUACAACUGCCUGCCCCUCUACCAUUCAGCAGGUAACAUCAUGGGAGUUGGACAGUGUCUUAUCCAUGGUCUCACUGUGGUGAUCAGGAAGAAGUUCUCAGCAAGUCGCUUUUGGGAUGAUUGCACAAAAUACAAAUGCACAAUUAUUCAGUAUAUUGGGGAGAUCUGCAGGUAUCUUCUGAAUCAGCCAGCACGGGAGGCAGAAACACAGCAUCAGGUGCGGCUGGCCGUGGGAAAUGGCUUGAGACCCACCAUAUGGGAAGACUUCACAAAGCGUUUCCGAAUUAAGCAGAUUGGGGAGUUCUAUGGAGCCACAGAGUGUAACUGCAGCAUUGCUAACCUGGAUGGAAAGGUUGGUGCUUGUGGCUUCAACAGCCGGAUUUUGCCCAAUGUUUAUCCCAUUCGUUUGGUAAAGGUAAAUGAGGACACUAUGGAGCUUAUCCGUGACUCCAGUGGGCUCUGCAUUCCCUGCCGCCCAGGAGAGCCAGGCCUCCUUGUGGGUCGAAUAAACCAGCAGGACCCCUUACGACGGUUUGAUGGCUAUGUCAGUGAGAGUGCCACCAAUAAGAAGAUAGCAUUCAAUGUGUUCCAAAAAGGAGACCGAGCAUACCUUUCAGGAGAUGUGUUAGUGAUGGAUGAACUUGGGUACAUGUACUUCAAAGAUCGGAGUGGGGACACAUUCCGAUGGCGAGGUGAAAAUGUCUCCACCACAGAAGUAGAAGGAAUCCUGAGUCACAUCCUCAACCAGACAGAUGUUGCAGUGUAUGGAGUGGAGGUACCAGGGGUUGAAGGGAAAGCUGGAAUGGCAGCUAUAGCUGAUCCUAAAUCUAAACUGAAUCCUAAUGCUUUGUAUCAGGAGUUGCAGAAGGUGCUGCCUCCCUAUGCACGACCCAUCUUUCUCCGACUCCUGCCCCAGGUUGACACCACAGGCACAUUUAAGAUCCAGAAAACUCGUUUACAGAGGGAAGGAUUUGACCCCCACCAAACAUCAGAUCGGUUGUACUUUCUGGAUCUAAAGCUGGGAAAAUAUGUUCUGCUGGAUGAAUGUUUCUAUGAGAGGAUCCUUGGUGGAAAGGUCACUCUGUGAUGGGAUUUGCCUUAACAAAAAACAAAACACUACUGACUAGUAUAAGAAGGGGGCCUCACCUGUGGAAGUGAUGGACUACUAGAUAAGUGGUGCAAAACUCUUGCACAAUGCAUUGGCUGCAGGAGGCAAUUUCACUGCCUUGUGGGAUGUUGCCCUUGCAUAAAGCACAUUCACCUAUGACCUACUCCCAUUCUGAGCACAGACAUCUUAUUUUUCUGCAGUUCAGCACCUAGAGAGAUUUUUCUUUUCUUCUUGUAACCACUACAAACCUGAGUGACUGCAACAUGGGACAAAUUUUUGGUCUAAUUUAUUGUGAUGUGUGAAAGAUAUCACUGAACAGAGAUGAAUGUGUCCUAAGUAGGUUUCCUCCCAGCAAGUCUCUUAACUUUGCUUUGCUAUUUAGAGGGCUUUCCUUGGUAUCAUGUUUACAUAAGGUAGAAUCCUUAAUUGUCCCAGCUAACACAUCAUUGUUCUAACAACACAUCUAAAGUUUACUGUACUAAAGUAUAUCAUUUACCUAUGCUUGAAAUUGAUCAGAUUAGUGUUUGCUAGAGUGCAGUAUCCGUGAAUCUUCACAAACUUUGGUUGGCAGUGUAAGCUGAUUUCUUCACUAAAUCAAAAAAAAAAAAAAUAUGGGGUGGAAAAUGGCUAAAUGUCAAAGCUAGGGGGAGAAUGAUCACAUUAUUGCUCUACAGAAGGCCAUGUGCAGCAAUCUGUGGACCAGGCAGGGAAGUGAGGGGGAAAUGGGAGAUCAUGUGAAGUCUUGUUAAUGUUACCUUAUAUGUCAUGCUGCUGUAUAUCCUUUUAACUGAUUUUUGUUUGCUUUGCUAGUUUCAAACUUUAACCUAUGCUGCCAUCUAUGGGAAAUGUGUGGCAACUGCUGAACACCAGUUCUGGCCACAAGGGCUGCUUGCAGAUGCUUAACACCCCCCCCCCCCCUUCCUCCCCCAGCCAGCAAACAAAUGGCACUUGGAACUUGGAGUGCUCCCCUGCCAAGCUCUGUAUGCCUACAAGAGGCAGUGCCUUGGUUGGACCCAGCUUGCCUGAUGUCUGUAUAGAUUGGGCACUUUUAUCUAAUAGCUGAUUGACUCGGCUUCAAAAGCACCAAAAAGCUCUGCUGAAGCACCCAAUCUAAAUGCUGUAGAACGAGGUUGAAGUAAUGCGCUGCAGCUUCUAGUAAAACGGGGGGGGGGGGGGUUGUAUUUUUGAUAUCUGCAAGCAGCAAAGAUGAAGUGAGCUUCAACUCAUAGAUUAUAUGUAGCAGAAGCUUUCAUAUCCAUAGGUAUUUACCAACUUUGGGUAAUCUUUAAAGUGCAAAUCUACCCUGCCUUCCACAAGAAGACAAAUCAGACCAUUAUUUUAGUUCCCACUUUCCUCUAUUCCAGCCCUGUCAGGAUUCUAUUGUCAUUCUUUGAAUAUAGUAAAUCCAUUAUCAGGGUUUUCUAACUUGUGUUGCUGGUGCUCUUGCCAAAACUAGAACUAAAUCUCCUAAAAACUGAAGGAGUUGGCAUUUGCAGGUGUGGGCGGAGACCAGCUCCCCACCUGUACUACAAACAAUGGCUAAUUUCCUUGUUCAAUCAGUCCUCUGUUUGAAAGUACCAGGGUGACUACUGUCCUGUUCAGCAGCUACCAUUUGUCCAUUCAUCUGUGUAGUGCCUUAAGGACUUUAAAUGAUCUAACACUUAUGUAACCCGUGUUUUCGUUCUGUUGCACUCGAUUACUCUAGUAAUGGUGUUGUGCUCACAUAAGGAGUAAGUAACAGCAGGACUUUGCCUGAAGAAUCAUUGUUUUUCUGACAGUAUUUCAUGUGUACUAUUUUUAAGAAGAGUUUUGCAAACAGUUUGAGCCAUGUUUUAAUAUUUGUCCACACUGGAAACUGGACCUCUUGGCAGUGGCUUAAAUGAUUUUUACCGAAAUUGUGCCUUUUUUUGGAAAAGACGCUCUCCACGGUUAUUAAUGCUGAUAACGGACCUAGUUGUGUUAACUGGAACUGUGCCCCUAUGUAAAGCAAAGGGAGGGGGCCUGCGGCCUAGGCCUGGAGCUCCCGCCAGAUCUCAGGGGCACAGACCGGAUCGAGUUCACCUACUAAAGUGUCUUGUGAUCUAAACAGCCCGUCCGCACUAAUUAAACUUUUUAAACUUG